UCAGUCAUUUAAAUAUUUACUGGUUACCUAGAGCAGGUAUAAACCUGUCUUAAUUACCUUCCUGGUAUGGAGACAUUUAUCGGAAAAGACACAGAAAAGAAAGUAAAAAUAAACAGAUAAAGUGAUAUCUACUUAAAUCAACAGGUCAUGGCAUCCAGUAAACCUAGCCAAGCUAUCAAACCAGAAUGUAACAAACAUGGUCAAGACCUCAUCUUGUACUGCCCCGGUCAUUUAAUGCCUUGCUGUGAUGAAUGUAUUUCCACCAGCCAUUCCAAAUGUACAGGAAUAACAAGUUUAGCAGGUGUUGUGGAUAAAACUAGAAUUGAAAAUUCCAAGGAAUCUGUAGAAACAAACAUAAAUUCUAUCUUAAAUCUAUUGGGAAGUUUAAUCAACAACAAAUCCAAAAACAUUAAAAGAGGAGAAAAUCAGUAUAAAGACAUACAGAAAUCAAUUAAAGAAAUAAGAAAGGAAAUAAACAAUCAUUUAGACCACCUGGAGAAAAAGUUAUCCCAAGAAAUUGAUACCAUUUGGAAUCAGGAAAAAGCAAGUGCAACUGAUUUCAUCUCUGAAAUUGAAGGGGAAAAGAAAAACUUGAAAGAAAUAAAAGAACAUUUACAAACAGUCACAAGGAAUACUUCUAAACUCCAAUCAUUUCUUAGUGUACAUCAGAUUGAACAACAAGUACAUCAAUGUCAGAGAUAUGUUGAAGAUCUGAAUGAUGAUGAGAGGACCAAAGAAGUUGACAUCAAAAUGAAACAAAAUGAUGAAAUAGAAAAAAUACUGAACACAUUAGAAUCAUUAGAAUCCUUAGGAGAAGUCAUUGUUAUAAAGACAGAAGUAGCCAUGAAAAUAGAAAUAAGUGUGGGAAGAGAACUAAAAUUAGUACCAUUACAAGAACAAUCCAAUAUAAACAACAUGACAAUGAAUAUAGAGACAAAGAUAGAGAUCAACAUAAAGAAGUUUAUUGGUGACAUGAUUUGUCUGAUGGAUGGAAGAGUUAUAAUAGUGGAACAUUGGGGUAAAGUUAACCUACUUACUUCUGAUGGCAAACUACAGAAACAAUUACCUAUACCUGGUAAAGCCUACAGUGUUACACAGAUCAAUCAGAACACUAUAGCCAUAACUUAUCAUAUUGAGACAGCCAUUAAGAUCUUCAAUAUGGAGAAUGAAACAGUUACCAAAGUUAUCAAAUUAGACAAACAAUGCUAUGGUUUAUCAUUCUCCAAUAAUUCUCUGGCUGUAGGUUUGAGAUGUCAUGAAAUCCGUAUUAUAGACUUGGAAGGAAAUACACUGAAGUCAAUACAAGUUAAGAGUGAAUCAGACCUGUGGAACCUUGUUUACUGUGAUGACAGAGUAAUCUAUAGUGACUAUAAUGGUAAUGCAGUAACCUGUGUGGAUGAAUCAGGUCAACAGAUCUGGCAAUAUACACAGGAUUUAUCAGGACCAUAUGGACUUUGUACAGAUACUUAUGGUAACAUCAUUGUAGCAGACUGGGAAUCUAAUAGAAUAAUAGUGAUAUCAAAAGAUGGACAGAAUAGUAAAGUACUGGUCAGUAAAGAGGAUGGACUGAAGUAUCCUAAGAGUAUUUGUUUUAAACAUAAUGAGUCUUCAGGUUUUAUUUGUGAUUUCGAAGGCAAAAACUUGACAAAAUUUAAUUUUUCUAUAAAAUAACAUAGUAACACUCAUGAUCAUGAAUCUUAUGAUAAAACAUCCUGGUGAAAUAAAUAUACAAAAGCAUUGGUCACUAGUCAUGAUAUUUGGUGUGAAGUUUGAAUAUGAGAGGCAAGUGCACAUAAUUAUAUAACUUGUGUAAAUUUUGUGUUUAGACCUCUGAAACUAUUAUAAAAAAGAACUAAUCUGAAAAAUGCAGAUAAAGUUGUAUGUCCCAGCAGAGAAUUAUUUCAGUUGAAUAUAUAUGCUGUAUAUUUUUACCUACAAGUGUUUAUAUUUUAAUUAAGUGCAUUUUUGCUUAAAGUAUUAUAAGAAUUUAAAGCAAUAUUAAGAUAACUUUGUUUGUUAAGAUUAACAGGAGAUUGAUAAAAUAUGAAAAUGAACAAUUUGAUAACAUUAAUCUUUACAAAAAGUAUUAUACAUUGUACACUAUCAAAUACAGUACAUGCAGAUCAUUGUGUAUAAUGUGUUUGACAAAUACAAUCAUUCCUUAAGACUUUACUUUACUUUUUUUUGGUUUUUUCUGAAUAUUUAAAUCCAAAAAAUCAAGACAUACUUUAAACAUAUAUCUUAUAUAUAUAUCUUUAUAUUUUACUACUUAAACAACACAAAUUAUAUAUUUUUCAUAACCUGUGCAUUUGUUAUAUUAGAUAAUUCUGUUUUAUAAUCUUAAUGGUAAGCUUCUUUAUUGAUAUUACUGACAUAGUAUAUAAUUUUUUCAAGUAUGGAAAAUUGUAUAAAUAAUACGAACAAAAACUAACAGCUGUAUGAGUUUUGAUUUCAUUAUAUUAAUGUGGCUGGGAUAAGGUACCAGUGCUUGAUGUUUUCCACUAACAAAUGUACAGAUUUCAAUAAAUUAUGAUAAAUUAAAAAACAAAAGACUUAAAUACUUUACCUGUGUUUAUUAUCAUAACUUAUGUGCAUUGAAUUUUAUUUAAACCUUAAAAUUGAGAAUGGAAAUGGGGAAUGAAUUUUAAUGUGAGUAUUGUUAUGCUUUACUCUUUUGCAUUGGCUAGAGGGGGAGGCUAGAGAUCUCAAAAACAUGUUUAACACCACCUCAUUUUUGCACCUGUCCCAAGUAAGGAGCCUCUGGCCUUUGUUAGUCUUGUAUUAUUUUAACUUUUUGUUUCUUGUGUACAAUUUGGAGUUUAGUAUGGCGUUCAUUAUCACUGAUCUAGUUUAUAUCCAGCUGAAGGACACCUCCGGGUGUGGGAAUUUCUCACUGCAUUGAAGACAUGUUAGUGACCGUCUGCCGUUGUCUGCUUUAUGGUUUGGUUGGUGUCUCUUUAAUUCAUUCCUCAUUUCCAUUCUCCAUUGUAAUGUGUCAAAGAGACAACAACUAAACCAUAGAACAGACAACAGCAGAAGGUCACCAACAGGUCUUCAAUGCAGCAACAAAUUCCUGCACCAGGAGGUGUGCUUCAGCUGGCCCCUAAACAAAUACUAUAUAUACUUGCAUGUUAUUAAGAAUUAAGUAUUUUUUUUAAAUAUCUAAAACAAUAAAUACAGCAUAAUGAAAUACCGGUAAUGUGAAAGUCUUCGAAAAUAUUUUUUUUUGAAUUAGUCAAAUUUUUAAAUUAUUGUUUUGUUUUUUUCAUUUUGUCUCAUAUUUUUGUCUCUAUUUUAAAUAAUGGUCUUUAAUACUUUUGAGGAUUAUUUUUUUUACAAUGACACAAUGUUAUAUAUAAUUCUUAUGUGUUGUAAAUAUUUGACUCUGUUAAAUAUAACUAUAACUUUGUAUAUUCUGUAGAGAGAUAAUAUUAUAAUGCAAGAGUUAUAUGACAAUUCUAUAAGAUGAACUGUUAGAGAAUUUGUCCAUGAUUAUACAUUUUUAAUUAGCUAUAUUUAAUAUUUUAGCAAGUUGAAGUCUUAAUUAAUUUCUUCAGGCUGAUCAAUGUAAAAGUAUGACUAAGAUAUAAAACCUUCCAUCAUGAUGUCAAUGUAAAUGUAAUGAGUUGUAAAAAUGCUUUUAGUGAGCCAAAAAAAUAAAUGCUUUGCUUAAGAAAAAAAAGGAUGAAAGACUCAAACAGACAGGAUGCAUAAAAUGUGUUUAAAGUAUAUUUAGUGGAGAAUAGUCUAAAGUGUACAUAUACAGGAAUGGAAAAAUGGAAAAUAUGGGAUUUUUUUUUAAUCAAGUUCACAACCACUAUAGUUUUGAUUUUUUUUCUGAGGUAUGACUAUUCAGUUAUCUAGUAAAUGGGGUAAAAUUGCAUAGUAACAUAGGGUCACUUCAAUAUAUUUACAAUGUUUACACAUCUUGGAUGAAAACUGUAGGGGGAGUUAUUAUUCAAAACUGAUUUUGUCUUCUUGUUUUUAAAGUGUUGCUAAAUUUGACUAGUUCUUAAAGGUUAGAAAAGAAAAUUGGGAAAAAAUUCCUGCAGCAGUUCCUUAAAAGUGGGUUGACAAUUUUAUAUGCAUGUGAUCAGGUUUUUUAAUUUGUGGUAAUAUUCAAGUCAUAUAUUUGAUCUUAUGAAAAAUAGGUGUCUAAUUGUUUCAACAACAAUUAAGAAAGAAGAAUGUAAAACACUGGAAUUGGUUGGUAAGAAUUAUCUUUUGAAUAGUUAAAUAAGCUUAAAAAUUGUUCAUCAACUACAACUUGAAACUUUCAUUUUGGCGAUAACUAACAUUGUGAAAAGACCACACCCUUCAAAAUAAGCAUAGUACAAAGGAACAUAAUGUUUUGGGGUGUAGGGUCAUCUAAAUAGGUUCUUGUUUCUUCUUUUGACGUAAAAAUAAUUCGUUUGUCUAAACCAAGGUAAUUUAAAAAUAAAUAGAUGUUGUACAUGAAUGAGGUGUGAUACUAAAAAGAUGUAACUUUCUUGUUUCUCAAUGGGUUUUUUAAUAUGUAGACUCCUGAUGACUUGUAUUGUAGGGUUUAUGUAGUAAACUUUGGUGUACUUAAUUAAUGUCUGAAACUAUGUACAUUUACAUUUAUUAAUAAACUUGUAAAUAUUUUAGUAUACUGUAUAGUGAAUAAAACUGUUAGAAGCA